GUCUCAAGGUAGUAAGACCAUUUAUCUUCUCUUUAAUGGUUAUGUUUAAGAGGGAGGCAUGGUUGUCAAUCUUGGUGGGUGCCCAUUGCUAGUAAAUAUUAACUGUAAAAAAGUGGAGUCUUUAUUGCUAUAAAAAACGAUGGUGAUUGAUUGGGAUUGCAGGCAGUUCAACAGUGAAAAUCUGUUUUUUUUCCACUCAUCUGAGUAAAGGGGCUAAAAAAGAAUGUAUAUUACCUACCACUUUCUUCUUUUUUCUAGCAAGUUCCGUUCAUUUUCAUCCUUUGUUGGAGAGUUUUCUGCUUUGGUUUGGUUUUUGUGGGAAUUGUAGCUUUUCCAUGGGGUGAUUACUUACUUUGUGAUGUCUUCAUGUUUCUUCCUCUAUAAUUUUAUGAUACAUCAUUCUUGCUUGGUUUGAUUGAGAAACUCCACCUAAUGAGCCACUGUUUGGAGAUGGAUUGGAAUACUAAGUGGGACUGGGAAAGCUAUGACGCGUUGGGUUCAAAAAAGCUGCAACUAGUGGAUUGGACUGUUAUUGAUGAUCGGGAAAUUGAUGCCGGAUCCUUCAAUCUCUUGGCCGGGUGUGGGAAUAGUGGUGCCUCUGGGUUGGACGGCGGCCGUGUUUCUUCAGCAAAGAGCUCAAUAUCAGUUUCUGAUUCCUCGGCAAAGAGCCUCAUGGCUAAUGAAGAUUUUUCCGGAAAUUUUAAAGUUACGGAAUCAGAAGGAACUCCGGAAGCUUCCAUUGGCUCGGUAGAGCCGCUGAUCGGCCUCAAGCUUGGAAAGAGAACAUACUUUGAGAACAGUGGGGCUGGAAGCCAUGCCAAGAGUGCAUCAGGUGCUUCAUUGAAGAAACCUAAAUCGGUAGGUGGAAAUCUCCCAACACCUCGCUGUGUGGUUGAGGGCUGCAAUGUUGACCUUUCAACGGCUAAAGAUUAUCACCGGAAGCAUAGAGUUUGCAGCAUCCAUUCCAAAGCCCCAAAGGUCGUCAUUGGUGGCCUUGAGCGCCGGUUUUGCCAGCAGUGUAGCAGGUUCCAUAGCCCGUCUGAAUUUGAUGAAAAGAAGCGCAGUUGUAGAAGACGACUUUCUGAUCAUAAUGCGCGACGCAGGAAGCCACAGCAGGACGUCAUCCAGUAUACUACAAGGCUCCCGUCACCAUUCUAUGGAGGAAGGCAGCAAAUGAGUUUUGUGUUGAGCAACUGUCCACCAGUGCAACUGACAAAAGAGUAUCAUCCUUCAAAGUCUAGUGGAGACGGGGCUAGCAGCGAGAAAAUGCAUAUUCCGGGAGCUAAACAUCCACAUUUCAUAAACACUGCAGCCAAAGGAUUUCCGGCAUCAAAGAGCUCUGUGGCUGAUGUUUCAAAUCCAGGUUCGAAGGUAUCCCCGUAUUCUUCCCACUUAGAUGCAGUACCCGAGUAUCCUCGUGCUCUCUCUCUUCUGUCAAACAAUUCGUGGCGGCCGGAAUCCAUGGCUUUGAAUCCGAUUCAAGAAAAUGAAGCCCACCCAACUCAGCCUAUGAUGCAUGGAAUCCCCGAAGGCACGCCCCUCUCCUCUUCAUCCUCUUCGGAGUUCUGGCUGCAUCCGCCCUCUGCUCAUCAGCCGUGGCCGGCCGACGCUAACUUUCAGCUGUUCGUAACACCAUGCGAGGAGACAGACUUGUAUUCCAACAUAAUGAACUGACUACAAUUCAACAACAGUGUUCUAACUUGCUCUUUUGCUUUGUUGCUUUUUUGAAUUUGCUGCACAAUGAUCCAUGUUAUGAAAUUUCUAGAUUUGUUGAUAA